AUUAUUGAUAAGCUAGCUUAACUUUUGACAUAUUCCUUCUCUCUUUUCUUCUCCAUUGGUGUAGUGACUGGUAAGAGAGUUUGAAUAGAUGAAGUGAUUAAGAGAUGAGGAUUGAAGAGAGACCAAUAGAUUCUUUUGUGAGCUAAUACUGAAAGAGUUGUGUAUGGUUCUGGUAUUUUUGUUUGUCUGUAGAUAUAUUUCUUUCAGUAGUAAAUUAAUUCUACCAGGAUGCAAGACAUACACCGGGAACACAAAACCUGAAAACCAUGUCUUGAUAACAUGCAAUUAUAUGUCGAGUUGGCACACCGGUCUUCAUUAGCAUACUGAGUUUUUGGGACUUUCCACUAGGAAAAUUGUGUUGAAGGUGCUUAAAUCAACUACUAAAAUGGAACGUAGUUCAGGUGUUCAGGAAAUCCCAUAUUAUUUCCAAGUUAAGGUAAAUAUAACAAGUGUGUUCUUCAUCAUUGGCUCAAGCAGAACAGUACGUACAAUUGGUGUUCGUUAUCUCUUUUUCUGUGGAUUUCUAGACAGAAUUCGAGUCCCGCAAAAAAAAAGGUGCAUCGAUUGAUAUGCGCAGAGCUCCUGAAAUUCCUUGAUAGAAUAUCACAGAUAUUUCCAGACAUCGAGUCUUCUCGACCACGAGGCUCAUCUGGAAUACCGGCACUAUGCUCAUUACAAGAUUCAAUGGAUAAAGCGAAGUCAAUUAUUCAGUACUGCUCUGAGUCCAGUAAACUUUAUUUGGCGAUUACUGGAGAAACGAUAUUGUCAAGAUGUGGAAGGAUACGUCAAACCUUGGAUUCUUGUCUAAGCCAAGUUCAAAAUAUGGUUCCAUUACUGCUGGCUGCAAAGAUAUCCGGAAUCAUUCAUGAUCUCAGGAAUGCAAAUUUUCUAUUUGAUUCUGCAGACGAAGAGGCCGGGAAGGCUAUACUAGCACUGUUGCAGAAGGACAUAGCUGCAACAAGCAAGGCGACCGGAAAAGAACUUGAGGCUCUUAAACUUGCAGCUCUAAAGCUUAAAAUUACAUCCCCUUUGGCAGUCUUAAUAGAGAAAAGGUCUAUUAAGAGGCUGAUUGAUAAAACAGAUAAUAGUUCCACAAGGAAAAAAAUAUUGAAGUAUCUUUUGUAUCUUCUAAGGAAAUAUGGGAAUGUGAUUUUGCAAUGCCAAAGCAAUACCACAUCUGCUGCUCAACUAGAAGAGUCACAGCUUGAGCUUGUUGAUGACAGUGGCUCACCUGAACCGCCUCAAGAAUUUAAAUGUCCCAUCUCUGGGAGGUUGAUGUAUGAUCCUGUGAUUAUUGCCUCUGGGAAGACAUUUGAGCGAAUUUGGAUAGAGAGGUGGUUCGACGAGUAUAAUGACACUUGCCCCAUAACUAAUACAAAGCUUGAUCACUUGUUAGUGACUCCAAAUUGUGCAAUGAAGGGACUCAUCACAAAAUGGUGUUCCAAGUAUGAAAUUCUUAUUCCUAAUCCGUGUCUGCAACCUUUUCCUGCUUCAAUUUCCAUGUCAAGAAUAUCAGGCUCCAGUUCAAUUGUCAGCUUUGGCAGUUUUAUGGACAACUUGAAACUUCAAGUCAGCAAUGUGUCCAUUCACUCUUCUAACAAUAGUUGUGGAUCAGAUUUAUCAGACAGCACUGGCAAUUGUGGUUUCAAGAAUGGGUUUGUUCAGAUGAAUUAUCAGUCUCAAAAUUCUCAUUCUUCUGAUUAUAGCCAUGAAAAUGUAUUAGGUUUGCUCUUCAAGUUAACCGAACUUUCUUGGGAAUCUCAGUGCAAGGCUGUGGAAGAUGUAAAGGAGAAAUUGGAAGGUAGUGACCAAGAAUAUCUUUGGGUGACUUCUGAAGAUUACGCUAAUCCAUUGAUCAAAUUUAUGAACAAAGCAAGAGAAUUGUGUGAUCUGAAAGCACAAAGAGAGGGAGCAAAGGUGCUUUCUGCAAUUUUGACUAAGAACAGAAAUGAAAUGCCACCCUUUCAAGGAGACUCCAUUUAUGUGUUGACAUCCUACUUAGAUUCAGAGAUCACUGGAGAAGCCCUUGCAAUCAUAGAACUUUUAUCUUAUGAACAGAGCUAUCAGUCUAUGAUGUUGGGUUCUGGUGUUCUUCCUUCCAUCUUAAAAGUCCUUCAAACUCAGACAAGAGAAUUUCACAUUCUUUCUAUGAAGAUACUGAGUAAUCUAUCCACAGACAGUGACAUAAGUUACCACAUGGUGUAUUUGGAUUACAUCCCAAAGCUGGUUCGAUUUUUGGAUGACACACUUCUUUCGGUGUAUGGCAUUGAAAUCAUAAAGAAGUUAUGUAGCAUUGAGGAGGCCAGGGUAGCAGUUGCUGAUAACAUUGAAUGGGUUGCUGCCAUUGGAAAACUACUAGAGCAACGUGGAGAGGAACAAGAACAUGCAUUGGACAUUCUACAGUCGCUAUGCCACGAUGGACCUCAAUAUUGUCAACUGGUUAUGAGUGAAGAAAUCGUCCAAUCUUUAUUCCAUAUAUCAGAAAAUGGAAACGCGAAGGGGCAAUCAAUUGCACGAGAAUUACUCAAGCAUUUAGGGCAUACGACAUGUCAUAAUUCUCCAGUACUUUCAACUCCUAAUGCAUUUUCGGAGGUUCGUACCCCAUCAUCCUCAUGCGACUCCAAAAAACAGAGAACAUCUUCCAGAGGGUUUUGGUUGCUGGGUAGGGAUAUGUCAAUAUUCUCAAGAGGCAGAUAGCUUUUCUUUUCUUGAGUGACCCUGGAUUUGAUGACUACACACAAGCACAAACACAACACAACACAAGGUCCCUAGUGUCUAUGGACUUCUCUGUUGAAAUCGCUAUUCCCACUUUGCCUUAUUGCAAAACCUAAGUUCAGGCAGCAGUCCAUGCAUAGUAAAUAUAGAUCACCUAGUCCAUUGGAUUGAAAAGAAUUGAGCGCAACAUUGUCAUAGUUAAGGCUAUGGGUAUGGGGUUUGAACUUUUGGUUCAUCUUUUGAUUAGAAAUGUGGACUCGUGGUGCUUUUGUAGAAAUCAGCUAGUUUAUCGUUGAGAGAUUAGAGGAAUGGUUUUGUCCGGGAAGAAGAGAGUGUAUAUGAUAAUAAAUGUAAUGAUAGUGUUUAACAACGUUAUCAAGUCACUACAAUAAAAUAGGCAUUUAAUGGCUA